GAUUUUCCCUUUUUGCCCACCCCUACAACUCAUAAACCCCAGAAAAAAACUCAAAAUCCGCCAUUAUCACUCUGCUUCUGUUUCUCCAUGAACACACACAUCCCCCGCUCCAUCGCCUCUCUAUCUAAGCUCUUGUCAACCCAAUCAUGGCUAAAAUCAACACAACCAGAAUCGCACAUCAAGAAAUGGCCUAAACUCAACCACCACCCACCCAAACAAACCCUCCCCCCACCCUCCCCUAAUUACUCCCCCACUACUUUCACCACCCUAUGUGAACUCCUACGUGACCCCACCAUCCCACCUGGUCCAAUUCUUGAAAAUGCAUUGGAGGAAUCUGAGGUUGAAGGAAUAAAUGAGUGUUUGUUUCUUGAUCUUUUUGCUCAUUUUGAUUCUUCUCCUAAGCCUUUGUUUACCCUUUAUUUGUGGGCUCAGAAGAAACACUGGUUUCAGUUUUCGAUACCUGUGUUUAAUGCUAUGGUUAAUGUUCUUGGUAAGGAGAGGGAAUUUGAUUCUGCUUGGGAUUUGAUACUUGAUGGGCUUAAUGCUGCUGAAAGACCUAAUCUUGAUACAUUUGCUAUAAUGAUCAGACGAUACGCAAGGGCAGGUAUGCUCUUACCAGCCGUUCGAACGUAUGAAUUUUCUUCAAAGUUAGAGAUACAUGCCUCGGGCUUGGAAGACAACUUAUUUGAGAUACUAUUAGAUUCUUUAUGCAAAGAGGGGCAUGUGAGGGAAGCUUCAGAGUAUUUUUAUAAGCGAAAAGGACAAGACUCGAAUUGGUUGCCACCUAUUCAGGUCUAUAACAUAUUGCUAAAUGGAUGGUUUCGAUCAAGAAAGAUCAAGAAAGCUGAACGAUUGUGGGCUGAGAUGAAAAAGGAGGGCAUAAAACCUAGCGUUGUAACUUAUGGUACCCUUGUGGAAGGAUUGUGCCGGAUGCGUAGAGUUGAGAUGGCAAUUGAAUUGAUUGAGGAAAUGAAAGAGGAAGGGAUUAAUCCCAAUGUUGUUGUCUACAAUCCAGUAAUUGAUGCAUUAGGAGAAGCCGGGCGCUUCAAGGAAGCAUCGGGAAUGAUGGAGAGGCUGUUAGUGUUGGAAUCCGGUCCAACUCUAUCAACUUACAAUUCGUUGGUGAAGGGCUUUUGCAAGGCAGGAGAUAUCGUCGGGGCAAGUAAGAUUCUUAAGAUGAUGAUAAAUAGGGGUUUCAUGCCAACACCAACAACUUAUAAUUACUUCUUUCGGUACUUCUCCAAGUUUGGGAAGAUUGAAGAAGGCUUGAACCUCUAUACCAAGAUGAUUGAAUCUGGAUACGUGGCAGAUCGACUAACAUACCAUUUGCUGAUUAAGAUGCUAUGUGAGCGGGAUAGAUUGGAUCUUGCAUUGCAAAUUAUCAAAGAGAUGAGGACAAAAGGUUUUGAUUUGGACUUGGCUACAAGUACCAUGCUUAUACACUUGUUCUGCAAGAUGCAUCAAUUUGACGAAGCUGUCGAGUGGUUCCAUGACAUGAUCCGGAGAGGACUAGUUCCUCAAUAUCUCACAUAUCAGAGACUCUGCAAUGAUCUCAGAAAACAAGGAAUGACUGAGAAGGCAGAGAAACUUAGAAACAUGAUGGCAUCUACACCCCACUCUGAGAAGUUGCCGAACACAUAUAUUCUAGACGGAGACUCUUCGUAUACGAGGAGGAAAUCCAUCAUUGAGAAAGCUGAAGAAAUGUCAAAUAUAUUACAGACAUGUAGAAGUCCAAGACAACUUGUGAAACGUAGAACUCCACCUGAAAAUGCUGUACUGAGUGCAAACCAGCUUAUAGAAAAUAUUACUAAACGAGUGGAAUUGGUUUAGUCUACAUUAUGUUGUAUAAUUAUUCUGCAAUGCAAGGUCGGUGUACACUGUAUUCUUCCCAGACCUCACUUGUGGGAACACACUAGGUUUGUUGUUGUAGAUUCAAAGGUUUCGGUCAUUUACAUAAUACAGCACAAGCAUACCAGUAAAAUUCUUUGUGCACCUAGGUUUUAUGAAGUUCAGAAAGCAAUGAAUAAAUACAUGAUGGAUUUUGCAUUGCA